ACCUCCUAGGACACAUCGGACACGUGCUUUUCUCAAACGUCUGGGCCAGAGCAACACGUCUUUGCAUCUGCGUAUUGCUAGCAUAGAGAGAACAAAAAUCUCAGGGAUCCGGCGCACGGUGGUCCAGGCGUCGAAUCCCGGGAGAAUUUCGGGCGCGGGCCUACUUUUCCCACAAGCCACCGCGGCCAGAGCUAAGCGGCCUUGAACUACAUUUCCCAGCGGGCAAUGGGCACGCUCAAUCUAUGGCUUGGCUUCCGUCUUUGCUUGGUUCUUGUGCUUCGCAAGGUGGGUUGAAUUCAUCCCAGGAUAUUUAUAGGCCCAGAGUCCUCUGGGUCAGGAGCCUGGGAAACCGGAUUAAAUUGGAGUCCGGCCUGAAUCAGCCGGAGUGGCAGAGGAAACCCUUAAAGCGUGCAAGUCCGUAACGUGGUCGGCCUGUUGCCGGAGUCUCAGGCCCGCGAGUGCGUGACGGCAAAGCAGCAAGGUUGUCUGUGUGUCUUGAUGCGGAAUGCGUGAGCGCCUCUCUGUGUAUGUGAGAGAGACUGCCUGCGAGGGAGACGGGACGUGCCACUUAACAAGGAACUUCAGGAGGAUUUACUAGUUUCAAUGUGAAACCAUGGCAUGUCUCUGGAUGCUCUGGAGUUUGAAUUCUUCUAGUAGUGGAACCCUGAGGAAAACUGAUCAGGUCUUACAUUUUUAAAACAUGACCUGUUUUCAGGAAUUAGUAACAUUCGGGGAUGUGGCCAUAGACUUCUCUCAGCAGGAGUGGGAAUACCUGGACCCUCUUCAGAGGGACUUGUACAGGGAUGUGAUGUUGGAGAACUAUAGGAACCUGGUCUCUCUAGGGCAUUCCACUUCUAAGCCAAAUGUGGUUGACUUAUUGGAGCAAGGAAAAGAGCCCUGGAUGUUUCUAAAGGAAGAAACACAAAGACAAUACACAGAUUGGGGUUUACAAUGUGAGAUAAUCAGCUAUCUAGAAAUGCCCACUUAUGAGAAAGAUGUAUCUUCUACACAACAUCAGAGCAUAUAUAGCAGAGAGAAACUCUAUGAAUGUAAGAAAUGCCGGAAAAAAUUUAGGAGUAGCUACCAAUUAAUUCUACACCAUAGGUUUCAUGUUGUUGAGAGACCCUAUGAAUGCAAAGAGUGUGGGAAGAACUUCCGCAGCAGCUAUCAACUUAUUCUCCAUCAAAGAUUUCAUACUGGUGAGAAAACUUAUGAAUGUACAUACUGUGAGAAAAACUUUAAAAGUGGUUAUCAACUUACUGUACAUCAGAGAUUUCAUACGGGUGAGAAAACAUACGAAUGUAGGGAAUGUGGAGAGGCUUUUAUUUAUUCCUCACACAUUGCCCAACACGAGAGAAUUCACACCAGUGGAAAGCCUUAUGAGUGUCAGCAAUGCGGGAAGGCCUUUAGUCAAGGUGGACACCUAAAAAUUCAUCAGAGAAUUCAUACUGGUAAAAAACCCUAUAAAUGUAAGGAAUGUGGGAAGGCUUUUAGUAGAUGCUCAAACCUUGUUGAACAUAGACAAAUUCAUACUAACAAGAAACCAUAUGUGUGUGAGAAAUGUGGGAAGGCCUUUAGAAGAAGUCAUCAGCUUAUUGUACAUCAGAGUGUUCAUACUGGUAAAAAGCCAUAUGAGUGGAAAGAAUGUGGGAAGGGCUAUACCACUGCCUCAUACCUUGUUCUACAUCAGAGAAUUCAUAAAGGUGGGAAACCAUAUGAAUGCAAGGAGUGUAAAAAGACUUUUACCUUGUAUAGGAAUCUUACUCAACAUCAGAAUAUUCACACUGGUGAGAAACUGUUUGAAUGUGGGCAAUGUGGAAAGGCCUAUACUACUGGCUCAAAACUUUUUCAACAUCAGAAAACUCAUACUGGUGAGAAACCUUAUGAAUGUAAGGAGUGUGGGAAGGCCUUUAGCUUGUAUGGAUACCUUAAUCAACAUCAGAAAAUUCAUGUUGGUAUGAAACGCUUUGAAUGUAAGGAGUGUAAGAAAACCUUUACCUUAUAUAGAAAUCUUACCCGGCAUCAGAAUAUUCAUUCUGGGAAGAAACUUUUUGUUUGUCAGGAGUGUGGGAGGGCCUACAGUACUCGCUCUAACCUUGUGCAACAUCAGAAAACCCACACUGGUGAGAAGCCCUAUGAGUGUAAGGAAUGUGGAAAGACCUUCAGCUUGCAUGGAUAUCUUAAUCAACAUCAGAAAAUCCAUACUGGUGUGAAACCCUAUGAGUGUAAGAUAUGCAGGAAAACCUUUACUUUCUGUAGAAAUCUUACUCUACAUCAGAGUAUUCAUACUCAGGAGAAGCCUUUUGAAUGUAAAGAAUGUGGGAAGACCUUUAGACGUAGUUCACACCUUACUGCACAUCAGAGUAUUCAUGCUGAUAAAAAGCCCUAUGAAUGUAAAGAAUGUGGAAAAGCCUUUAAAAUGUGUGGGUACCUUACACAACAUCAGAAAAUUCACAUUGGUAGAAAACCUUAUGAAUGUAAGAAGUGUGGUAAGGCCUUUAGUCGUUCUUCAAACCUUGUUCAACAUGAGAGAAUUCAUACCGGUGAGAAACCCUAUGUGUGCCAACAGUGUGGGAAGAGCUUUAGAUACGGUUCAGCCCUUAAAUCACAUCAAGGAAUUCAUACAGGUGUGAAAGUCAAAGAAUAGGCAAGGACAAAUCACUUUGGUGAGAAAUGAUUAAAUAUUAGUCUUAUAGGUAUGUAUUUAGCAAAUGAGACUUCAUAAUACAGUUCUUGACACAUUAGAAGGCUUUCAGUGUCAGUUCUGUUUUAAUGAAAUAUCUGAUUCUUGGCAAAUUUAAAACAAAAUAGAAUUCCCAAUUUCUUCAUGUCUAUAUGCCUUCAAUGUCCAUGGCACGGAAUUUUAUACUAAAGGGAGCCUUCUCUACUGGACAUUAAUGGUUGUUACAAAUUACCCCAAAUUUUAAUGUCUUAACACAAUAAUAUUUCUCACAGGUUUUAUGGGCCAAAAAUUCAGGAGCAUUGAGGUUUUCAUGAGAUUAAUCAUCUGAAGACUUGACUGUUGGUCAGGCUCCUGUUCCCCAGGAGUCACACUGGUUACUUUCUUACAUUCUAUGUGGUUUGAAGUAAGUGUCCCCCAAAGAAGCUUGGUCUCCAGUUUGCUAGUGCUACCUUUAAGAGGUAGGGCCCAGUGGGGGGGUCCUCAUGUCAGUUGAAGGUGUCCUCUCAGAAGAGGCUGUGAAACUCCAGGGACUGUAUAACCCUAGCUGCUCCUGGGAUUUUUGCUUGGCAGUGUGAUCUCUUCUUCCUACGUGUACCACCAUUCUAAGGACACUUGGCCAUGAGAGCCUCACAAGAGCUAAGCCAAUGCCAGUGCAAUGCCUUGAACCUCCAAAACUGUGAGGUUAAUUGAACUGUGUACCUGCCCCAGCACCAUUUCUUUGAGCACUACACAUCUCUACACUACCACUGGGUUCCAUGUACAAGGAACAUUCUUAAAUCAGCUCUUCAGUGAAGAUCAACUAUCAUGUAUUCUUGGCAAUACAAUGUUGGGAACUCCGGCUUCUUCUACAUGAAUAUAAAAUGCCAUUGACUGCUAGACAAAUUUGGACACUUACCAGCAGUCUUAACAAUAGUGAUAGAUUCUUUCAUGUGUUAAAGAUUUUUAAAAACUUUUUAUAGUUAUAUAUGAACAGAUGGUACGCCUUUAUUUUAUUUGUUUCAUUUUUAUAUGGUGCUAAGGAUCGAACCCAGUGCCUUACACAUGCUGGGCAAGUGCUGUGCUACUGAGCUACAGCCCCAGCCCUGUGUUCAGGAUUUUAAUUGUCCACUAAUAGUUUUACUUUUGUUUUUGUCCCAUGCUUUAAAUUAAAAUGUUAAUUCUUUGUUGAAGAAUUAACAUUUCUUUAAACAUUAAGCAAUCAAUAUUACUCUAGAUCUGCAGUUAGAUACACUAUCUAAAUGUAGCAUUAGCUACAUUUGAUUAUUCUAAACUAAUUAAAAUUUAAUAAAAUUUAAAAUCGAGUUCAUGGGUGGUACUACAGUCAAGUGUUUAAUAGUCCUGUGUACUGAACUUUAGGAAUAUACAACUUUUCUUUUAUUUAGGAAUAUACAACUUUUCUUUUAUUUAGGAAUAUACAACUUUUCUGUUGGGUAGGAAUAUUCUAAAUGACUACAUUCUAUUCAAACAAUAAAGAGAGUAUUUUGGAUUUAA